AUGAUCCACCCUACGGCGCUCGCUGACGCUGGGAUUACCGAAUAUUAUGACGCGACCCAUACUCACGCCGUUACUUAUCUGGGCUUCCCUCUCACUACGUCUCGUGCUCAACUUCUAGCAUGUGCCACGUCUGUCGGCGCUGCGCCCACUACCUUUUUUGCCCAAUUGAAGUCCAUCGGCGGUAAGUUCAUGAUGCAUCGCAUGUUCCCCAGGAUUAAAUAUGAGACCUUGUGCCAACCACGGAGCUGCGGCGGCGUGGGCGUCCUGGACCCGUUACUGCAACAAGCGGCCCUGCGAAUUCGCUGGCUAGAACCUCUGUUCCAUCUUUUCUCCGAUUCCUCGUACAUCACCGCAUAUUUAGCCCACCACCUGCUUACCUCGACAAACAUGUAUACUGACCCGCGUUUUGCUUUGGUCUUCCCUGCGUUCCGACCCACUGCUCGACGAGAUCCAGGCAAAACCCUCAGCCUCUUUUAUCGCGCCAUGAAUACGCUCAAUCUCAAUUGGGCUGCAGCCCGCUUCUCAGCAACUACGUACCUGCAUCUUCCACUGCCUCACAUCUCGUCCACCAAUGGCACCGCUUCUGGGGCUGGAAAAACGAGGAAGCGAUUUGAUUGCUUCGAUGAGUUUAAGUUGCAAUUCGUUCCCAAGUCUGCAGAAGACAGUUGGUGGGACGAAAUUAACAACCGAAGACAAGGUCCGGGUGAAACGAUCGACGAAGUGGCCUUUCAUCUGUUGGAGUUAUUCCAGCUACUUGGUCUGAAGAAUGACCGAAUGCGCAUCCAUUGCUUUUUGAAAGCAAUCAAGAAGGAUCUGGCAUAUAAAAGCGGACAAUGUGGAGUUCCGCAAUCUUGGUCGAAAACCAUAGCCAUGGCGAAAAAUAUCGAAACGGUGGACGAACGAUACAGUGACCACGAUGUCUAUGAAGAGACGGUGUCAAGAUUAUCACCACCACAUUCAGAUACGAAGUCAUUGAAUAACACGUUGAACGGGCUGGCUGAAGGCAUAAAAGCCAUCAAGAUGCAUUUAGUGAAGACCGAGGAGGGAAAACCUCUUACAAAUGGAGCGCAGCCUCUUUACCGGCAAUCUCUUGACCAAUCCUGAUCGCAAACGACUCAUUGAAG